CUCUCACAGACAGAUAAGAGUCAGGCAAAAGAAAGGACAUGUUCAAAGUACUGCUUUGGUGCCCCCUCUUUGUUGGUAUUGUCCGCGGUGGGACCUGGAGUAACCCGACCUGUGCCCCGGGACGUCACACCAUCACGCACCUGUUUGAGUGGAAAUGGAGCGACAUCGCCGCGGAGUGUGAGCGCUUCCUCGGUCCCAUGGGGUACUGCGGGGUCCAGAUUUCCCCUCCCAGUGAGAACAGGAUAGUGACUAAUCCUAACCGACCCUGGGAGGAAAGAUAUCAGCCCGUGUCCUACAAAUUGGUCACCAGAAGUGGAAACGAGGCUGACCUCCGAGAUAUGAUACAGAGAUGUAAUAAGGUCAAUGUGAGAAUCUAUGCUGACGUCGUGUUUAAUCACAUGACCGGAUCUGGAGCAUCCGGAACCGGAACUGGUGGCUCUCACUGGGACAGCGGCACCCUAAGUUACCCCGGCGUCCCUUUCUCUGCCUGGGAUUUUAAUGGUGGUACCGAAUGUAGCACAGGAGAUGGCAGCAUCCAUAAUUACAACGACCCUAACGAAGUGCGAAACUGUCGUCUGCUGAGUAUGGCCGAUCUGAAACUAUCCAAGGAUUACGUACGUGACACCGUCGCGGGAUAUUUGAAUCACCUGAUAAGUUUGGGAGUGGCUGGUUUCAGAGUGGACGCCGCUAAGCACAUGUGGCCCGGAGAUCUUCGCGCCGUUUUUGAGAGACUGCAUGAUUUGAAUACCGCCUAUUUUACUGCAGGAACCAAACCCUUUAUAUACCUGGAGGUGAUUGACUUAGGAAAUGAGCCAAUCAAAGCCGCGGAAUAUACCGGUAUUGCCCGCGUCACAGACUUCAUUUAUGGCAUAAAAAUAGCUGAAGUGUUUAGACACCACAAUCAAGCAAAAUGGCUGAGGACCUGGGGGGACCAUUGGGGGAUGCCUAACUCCAAUGACGCUGUUGUUUUCAUCGAUAACCAUGAUACACAAAGGGGACACAGCGGGGAAGGUGGCGUUCUGACAUUUUACGAACCACGGUCUUACAAAAUGGCGACAGAGUUCAUGUUGGCGCAUCCUUACGGCUUUACGCGUGUGAUGAGCAGCUACCGAUGGAACAGAGACUUCCAUGAUGGUAGAGAUCACAAUAGCUGGAUGGGACCCCCUCAUAAUGGCGACAUGAGCAUCAGAAGUCCCUCCAUACAACCAGACAUGUCUUGUGGAAAUGGAUGGAUAUGUGAGCACAGAUGGCGUCAAAUAUACAACAUGGUUGCCUUCCGUAACGUUGUCAUGGGAACGACAAUGACAAAUUGGUGGGACAACGGUGACUACGCCAUCGCUUUCUCUAGAGGAAACAAGGGUUUUAUCGUCAUCAACGCGGGAACUUCAGAUAUCAAUGUAAACUUACAAACUGGCUUGUCACAAGGAACGUAUUGUGACGUAAUUUCCGGUAAUUACGAAAAUGGCAGCUGUACCGGAAAUGAAGUUCACGUUGGUGGUGAUGGACACGCCCAUUUUCACAUCAGUUCCGGAAGUGAGGAUCCAGUGAUCGCUAUACAUAUAGGUGCAAAGAAAGGUUCGACAAAGAAGGUGACAACAUAGCGAAAUGAAGGAUCAUAUUAGGUGCCUCAUAUAGAAAGCAUAUCUUUUAAAUUUACUUUUUAAAAAAUGACAAACCAUCA